GGACAUUCUUGGCCUGCAUCAUGCUUUACACAGCCUUGGGGGCUUUCAAAACUGGGAUUGGGUUAGGAAAUUCAUUAUCCCGUACCAUGGGGUCACUGUCUACUAAAAUGGCUGAGUACAGAAAAAUGUGGAAACCCAGCGAGCCCAGGGAUUGGACUGUACAGUAUCAAGAGAGAUAUAUUCCCUUUCCCAAGAGUCAGCUAGUGGAGCAUUUGGUCCAGGAUUUUCACUCUUCUAAUGGGUUUGAGAAGCAGUCCUUCCUUUCUUUUGUGAAACAACUGGAUGGCUCACUUCUUCAGCCUUACUAUUCUACCCUUGAGAAGCUUCAAGUCCUAUAUGAUCCCAUCAAUCCAGACCGUGAUGCCAUGCUGGAAACCGCCAGCCUCACAGAAGCAGAGAGACUAUCUAGAGAAAAGGAAGUCCUGGAACAUUUGCAGCAGGUUCUUGAUCAAGCCAAUUACAAUGUAUUGUCGGAGGAUGCUUUGGCAUAUGCUCUAAUAGUACAUCACCCACAGGAUGGAGUGCAGGUUCAUGUUAAUCUUGACAAGUAUGAAUAUAUCCGUUACUGGGCUCUUGGACAGAGACUUGGACCACUAGCUUUACUGAUGACCCCAAAGCCUCAGGAUUCUCUGUUCACCCGUUCUCCCCGCACCCCACCAGAAAGGAGAUACUUUAAGCGUGUUCUAGUAGCAGCUCGCCCUAAAAAUUCCCAUAUGGUGUUAAAAUGCUUUAAGGACAUCCCCUUGGAGGGCUUAGAGCAGCUGCUUCCCGUGGUAAAGGUCCGCACUUCCAGUUUUGAUCGCACCUUACUGAACACCAUGCUGCUGGUCAGUGGAAGCAUAGUGUUUGUCAAUGUGGGAAUGGUGGUUCUUACAGAUCUGAAGAUUGGGACUUCCUUCCUCCUCUUUUUAUUUGCUGGAUUCAUGACGUUCCGAACUUGGAAGGUGUUCUCUCAGAGGAGGAAAGCUCAUUCUUUGGAACUAGCUCACAUGUUAUAUUACAGAAGCACUUCCAACAACUCUGAGCUUCUUGGUGCACUGACUUUAAGAGCUCAAGAAGAACAUGCAAAAGAGGUCAUCUUGGCUCACAGCUUUCUAAAGCAGCUUAACAUCCCAAGUGACGGAGAAAAAAUAGAUCCUGAAACAACUAUGCAGGUGAAAAAGCAGGUUGAGUCCUGGCUACAAGCAAAAACUGGAUUGGCAAUAACGUUUUCUGCCGAAAGAGCGCUUGAGAAUCUCAACAGUUUCAAUAGAACUCAAGAAGAAAGAGGCACUUCCAAAGAAUGUUCUUUAUAGACUCACAACUGAGGAGUAAUAUGCAGGGAGUUCAAAAAUUCCCUCCGCAGUGACUGUGUUUUGAGCAAAGUUCCUCAAAGAGAAGUAAUAUGACAACUUUAUUCACAUGAAAUAAGAGAAGCUGUUGCAUACUUAUCUACAAUAAGUGUUGUCCCUCUCUGGCCUUCUACAGCUGCAGAGGAUAUUUGCAGCCAAAGACAGCGCUCACUGCGAAGGGACUUCCAAACUCCCCUUUAUUAUGUGGACUGAUAUUGUAAAGUAAUAUAUAUUAAGCUACACUCCCUGUAUCUGGGUGAGUGAGAGUAUUUUUAUAGUGUGUGUGUGUGUGUGUGUGUGUGUGUGUGUGUGUGUGUGUUAUGUUGUGUGUUAUGCAACAGCUUACUCUGUCUUGCCUAAGGAACAUGUUACUACUGUAUUUGGAUGGAUGACCUUUGCUUGAGAAUAUGUAUGUAAAUAUGCUGAUGAUUUUUAUAUGCAUACUGCACAGGUUCUCAUACUCGGUCCUCCGUACCCCACACGGUGCAUGUUUUGCAGGUAUCCUCACAGAAUCACAAGUGAAAUAAUUAGCUCCACCUGUAGACCUUUUUAAAAUGUGUCAGUGAGUAAUUAAUACACCUGUGCACUUGCUGGGUGACCAGCAAAACAUGCACUGUGUGGGGUCCUGAGGACAAAGUUUGAGAACCUGUGGCUUAUUGGGAAGCUUAUUUAUUGGCUACUGUACUUCAUUUAUUUAUUUAUAUGUGACAACUUGUAACACCACAGCAGGAUAUACAAAUAGCUACAGUAUAACUCCCUUAAUAGUGAUGGAUAUUUGGUUUCACUAAAGGGCGGAAAGAUACUAUUGUAUAAUGGUGCAGCAAGGAGUUCAUGGGUUUUGUGCAAUAAACACUGUGGAACAGCUCCAUGAUAAUCUUUCAAACUUAUGAUCAUGUGUAAAACUUGCAAGUGACAACUUAAAUAAAAUAAAAAAAAUGAUUGAACUAAUAAA